AUUCAAAUUGAAAAUAUUUUUUUUCCCGACUUUUACUUCGGUUGAGUUCUCUGCUCCUUCAGAUUAAUCAUUCAUAAACGGCGGGGUCGUUCCAACUUUUUGGUAGGAGAAUCUACGAAAUACUUUUUGGCGGUAAAAAAUUCCAGCAACUCUCUCGUCUCUGAGAGCGAAGCCGCAAUUUUAGUGGAGAUUAGUAAACUAGGUUAUCAUAUGGCAUCUCCAUUUUCAAUGAUGAUUGGAUCUGAGUAGCUUUCAGCGAUAUGAGGAUGUUGGUACAGUAUUGCACUCAGAGGAGUAUGCUUUUUUCAAAGGUUUUACUGAGUUCUUAUAAGAAUAGCUUAUGCAAUCCUUACAUGGCUUCAGCCUCCCAACUUGAGAGAGUUUCUUAUAUAACUCUGGACUAUAGGUCUUACGGAAGAUUUUCUCUUAUAUCUGGUGGUGAUGUUUCAAUGAGUAUCCGUGGCAGUGAUGCCAACGUGCAUCCUAUUUCUAGGAGGACCUACCAGAUUGUGGUUGCUGCUACUCGUGAUAUGGGCAUUGGGAAGGAUGGGAAGUUACCAUGGAGAUUGCCAACGGACCUCAAAUUUUUCAAGGAGAUUACGUUGACCACAUCAAGCCCUGAGAAAAAGAAUGCAGUAGUAAUGGGUAGGAAAACAUGGGAGAGUAUUCCUCCCAAGUAUAGACCCCUGCCUGGACGCUUGAAUGUUGUGCUGACUCGAUCUGAAAGUUUUGCUGGUACAGCCACAGAAAACACUGUAAUAUGUGGAAGUAUACCAUCAGCCUUGAAGUUGUUGGCCGAAGAGCCUUACAGUUUCUCAAUUGAAAAGGUGUUUGUUAUAGGAGGUGGUCAGAUAUUGAGGGAAACACUGAAUGCACCAGGAUGUGAUGCCAUCCACAUUACUGAAAUUGAGACGAAUGCUGAAUGUGAUACCUUCAUUCCGGCUAUUGAUUUGUCUUUAUUUCGCCUAUUGCAUUCCUCUCCACCAUUAGUAGAAAACAAUGUCCAGUAUUCUUUUGUGACAUAUGUACCGAGCAGAGAAUUCAGAAACUAGAACUCUUUCUAAUAGUGCUGCAGCAAAGUUUAAUGGUACCAUUUCUGACCUUCAGAUUGGUUCUUUGUAUGGCAAUGUUUUAGAGAUGAGAAUAGUGGUAAAUGUUCUCGCAGUUCUGCAUAUGUCAAUAUAUACUAGGAAUCGCUAUUGGGGUUCCAGAAUUCGGAGUUCAGUAACUAUUUGGAAAACACUAAUUCAGCAGUUUAUGCCGAUCGGCCAUGGUCUCAAUUGAUUUACUGUUCUGUUGUUGUUGCUACAGUUUCGAAAAUAUUUCUUUUACUUUGAUAUUUUCCCGUUUCUUUCAUAGGUUUAUGAUCCACACAAGAUGCACGAGAGAAAACACAUGAAAAUGGCAGUGUAGAUACUUAAAAAGCUCUCCAGCAACUUCAGCAGGCGUUGCCUGACCUUCUCUAGCAGCUGCUCAAUUUCUUCAAGAAGUGGAUGUUCAUGAAUUUGCAAAUAAUUAGAUGCAAGUCUCUUGAAACCAAAGAAAGUGCAGUAAGACAUAUGCAGGUGCACAUCCAUGCGACCUGGUCUUAGCAACACUGGAUCAAGCUGGUCUUUGUAAUUGGUGGUGAACACUAUAAUCCUUUCAUCUCCACAGCUCGACCACAAGCCAUCAAUGAAAUUCAGAAGACCAGAGAGAGUAACCUGCCAUGAAAGAGCAAGUUUGCAAUGUUAAUGUUAUAUAAAAUUGUCUAAGACACGCUUAGGAAACUUACCUUAUCCUCAUCCAGAGAUUCGAAAGAACGAUCAAUGUCUUCUACCACUAAUAUUGAACGAUUGCCUGUACCAAUCAGUAACCUCUUCUGAUAGAGUAAGGAACAGUUCCAAUAUCUGUAAAUUAGAUGGCUGAAACAGAACAGAAAAAAAAAAAAAA